GUCUCUGAGGUUCCACCAAAAUAUGGAACUUGAUUUUGGACAUUUUGACGAAAGAGACAAGACAUCCAGGAACAUGCGAGGCUCACGGAUGAAUGGGCUGCCCAGCCCCACUCACAGCGCCCAUUGUAGCUUCUACCGAACCAGAACCUUGCAGGCACUGAGCAACGAGAAGAAAGCCAAGAAGGUACGUUUCUACCGCAAUGGGGACCGCUACUUCAAGGGGAUUGUGUACGCUGUGUCCUCUGACCGUUUUCGCAGCUUUGACGCCUUGCUGGCUGACCUGACUCGAUCUCUGUCUGACAACAUCAACUUGCCUCAGGGAGUGCGUUACAUUUACACCAUUGAUGGAUCCAGGAAAAUCGGAAGCAUGGAUGAACUGGAGGAAGGGGAAAGCUAUGUUUGCUCCUCAGACAACUUCUUUAAAAAGGUGGAGUACACCAAGAAUGUCAAUCCCAACUGGUCUGUCAAUGUGAAGACAUCCGCCAAUAUGAAAGCCCCCCAAUCCCUGGCUAGCAGCAACAGUGCCCAGGCCAGAGAGAACAAGGACUUUGUGCGCCCCAAACUGGUGACCAUCAUUCGCAGCGGGGUGAAGCCUCGGAAGGCUGUGCGUGUGCUUCUGAACAAGAAGACAGCCCACUCUUUUGAGCAAGUCCUCACUGACAUCACUGAAGCCAUCAAGCUGGAGACCGGGGUUGUCAAAAAACUCUACACUCUGGAUGGAAAACAGGUAACCUGUCUCCAUGAUUUCUUUGGUGAUGACGAUGUGUUUAUUGCCUGUGGUCCUGAAAAAUUUCGCUAUGCUCAGGAUGACUUUUCUCUGGAUGAAAAUGAAUGCCGAGUCAUGAAGGGAAACCCAUCGGCCACAGCUGGCCCAAAGGCCUCUCCAACCCCUCAGAAGAGUUCAGCUAAGAGCCCUGGCCCCAUGCGCCGGAGCAAGUCUCCAGCUGACUCAGGUAACGACCAAGACGCAAACGGGACCUCCAGCAGCCAGCUCUCCACCCCCAAGUCUAAACAGUCACCCAUCUCCACGCCCACCAGUCCUGGCAGCCUCCGGAAGCACAAGGAUCUGUACCUGCCUCUGUCCUUGGAUGACUCAGACUCACUCGGUGAUUCCAUGUGAAGGAGAAGAGAAUGUUCAGAGUCCAGAGUACAAAUCCAAGCUUACCAUUACAAGAGGGUACUUCUGCUCAAGGGUCCAACAUGGCUACUGGUGCUUUCAAGUUUUUAUUUUUUUGUUGUUGUUAUUUUUAAAAACACACUGUAAUAUGUUGG